AUGGCAGAACCCACACGGGAGGAUGAAGUUACGACCACGCAAGAAGGCGGCGACUCCGCAAAGACUGCCGUCGCUUCUCUCACCACAGCGGCUUCUGCGGGUGUAGUGGCGGUGACCUCUUCACAAUCCGCCCUCCUCUCAACACCUCGCAGGGGGCCACUCAUUCCUCUCACACCAAUGGAACGACGGUUAAUAAUGGGUGCCACACGUGUUGGAGUUACGAUAGCAGAUGGACUUCUUCUUUCCAGUACAGUACUGAAUCCGGUGAUCACUGUAGCUUUCGUCGCAUAUGAGUCUAUUCGUUCAAUACAUGACUACUACCGCGGUGAACUCAAUACUUUAGGAUAUCGUACCAGUUUGAGUGAUGUAUCAUUACGUAUUGGAAAAGAAGUUGGAACAGCUGCUAUUGGAAUUGGUAUUGGACAUGCUGUAGGAACACUUAUCGGUUUAAGUGCUAUUCCAGUAGCGGGACAAAUUGCUACUGCAACAGUUAUUUCUGUUGUUUUAGGUAUUUGCGUUGGUACACUUCUUACACGAUAUGCUGACCGACUCUUUAUACGUUUACAAUUACAAACUCAGUAUGGAUACUCUCCCGAUGAAGAAAAGGCCCGUAAGAGGUUUGAAAAAUUACUUGAAUCAGAACAUGAUCUUUCUUCUUUUGCAGUUUGUCGAAUAGUGCAGCACUAUAGAGAUUACCGGGUGGCAUGUGGAUGGGAAAGUCAUACAGAUGUAGAUGACUAUAGAGCUACUGGAGAUAUUACAAUGAUGCCUGUUUCAUUUCAACAUUUUGCUAUUAUACAGUUACAACGUAAAUGGGGAUUCCUUAAUGGACGUAGUGAAUGUAAAAAAGUUUAUAAGGCUCUUAUGUUGCUACAUCAUCCCGAUAAAGGUGGGGAUACUGAACUUGCUGCACAUCUUAAUCAUGAUUUUGAAAUCUAUGCUUUUUGUCAAGGAUGGCAAGAAGAUUGUCCAACAAUUAAUCAAGCAGAAGUUUCUGGAAAUCAAGGGAAAACAUCUACUAAUACGUUUAAAAAACGAAAAAAGAACGUUGUCGUAGACUUUUUACGUUCCCUAUUUCGUCAAACAAGUAAUUCUACUGUAGAAGCUGAAGAUCUUCGACAAUAUGGUCUUUUAGCUUUAGAAGCUGGAACUCCGUUAGAGUUACAUAGGUUUGAUGAAUUAAAUUGGGAUACUAUUGAUAAGGAAGAAGAGGAGGAAGAAGAAGAAGAAGGAUUAAAUGGUAACCCUUUGUUUGGUACAAGUGCAUCUGUUAAACAACGUAGUGUCGCUCGUGUACUUGCAUCUAUUCAACGUUGUUAUCAACUUGCUACUGAAGCUACUACUUUUUCUGGACUAGUUCAUAUCUACAGGGAAAGAGAACAGUGGUCUAGAUUACGACAUGACGUUUUUAUGUUUAACCGAUUACAAAUGUUUGUGAAUAUUGCUGAAGAAAUGAAUUUAUUUUAUACUCCUAAUUCCUCUUCUAAAUCCUGUCAUUACUAUUCUUCUCAUAACUUCAGGUGGUGUACAAGAGAUGAAGCGGUAGCAGAACGAGAAGAACGUCGGAAAUCCAUUGUUUCCCUCUGUUUCUCUGAAAGUGUCUCCUCUAAGUUGACUGAAGCCCUUGAACUUUGGAGAACCGCACAAGGACUAGCUGAAAGUUUUUUUAAACAAUCUUCUACUAGUGAUGCGGAAGCUGCUGAAGGGACAGGACAAACACUUGAUACACUUUUAAAUAUUCAGAAAGCUUUACAAGAAAUAACUGAAUCUUGUACAAACUCUUGGAAACAUUCUUAUUGCUCUAUUGAGGAUUAUAAAGAACUUUUAUUUGUAGAAGAAGUCAGAGCACUUGGACUCACUGCGAGUUGUGCUCUUGCUGGAGCUCAUGCUAUAACUAUACAUGAUAAAAUGCGUAAAAAUUGUGAGGAUUAUUAUAGAGGUAGAGAAAGAAAGAUGCAAACAGUGACCUCUCUUCUUAAUGAAUUACAUGAAAUACAAUCUGAUCUUGCAAAAGCUACUAUUGAUGAACGUGAUAUAUUACAGAAACGUUAUAAUGAUUAUCUAGAUGAAUUAUAUUUUGUACAUCGUGUUUUUAGUGAAGUAGAUUCUAUUACAAGUGAAUUAUAUGAUAUGUACACAAUGUAUCUCCCAGAAAAUUUUAGUUUACUUAAGGAAUUACCUUCUUCUUGCGCACGUUGUGUUUAUGAAACUCUUAAAUUACCUCGUUUUGUAAAAUAUGAAAGAGAACGUACUUUAAUGAAUUAUAUAAAUCUUGAAAUAGAACCUCGAAAUGCGAUGGAUUGUUCUAGAUAUUCAUUAAAUGAAGAAACUUCAUUAGAGUCUGUUAAUAAUGAAGUUAAAGAAGUAGAAUUCGCUUUACUUCGUGCACAAUAUAUGGAUCCAAUUAGUGGAACUCUUACUCCUUGUUGGCUUAAACGUUAUAUAUUUCCAAAAUCUGAUACAAUAGAGAGUAAAAAUGAUAAUACUGAACUUUUUAAACAUAUUAUGAAGGAUGAACUUCAUAUUCCUGAAUCAUGUGCAAGUAAAAAUGUGACAUAUGUAAGUGAUGUAUUUUGUGAUAAUUAUACUCAACAAAUUUAUUUCCAUAUACCACGUGGUGGAACUCAAUUACGUUUUAGUUCCACACAUGAUGUAAGUAAAAGGAUUAUGCGACUGGGUGUUCGAUGGCUUCAUGAUGCUUUACAGUCUAUUAUUGAAAUUCAUUCAUGUCUUUUAGUUCAUGGUUCUAUUUGUCUUGCAAAUUUUACAUAUGAUGAUUUUGGAAAUACAACUUUGGGGUUUUUCUCUAAUUCUGUGGGUAAUUCUUUAAGAGAUACCCUAACACCAUUGGAUGAUGUUAUAGAUUUUGGUGCCUGUUUACAUGCAGAAGUUAUUCCAUAUCUUCAAGGUGUAAUUUCAGGUUCAAAUGUAGCACGGUUUUCACCAACAGCAACUAAAUUUGACGAAAAUUUUCCUGCAGCAGAAGAAUGGAAACAAAAACAACAAGAAAUUAUUAAUGUUUAUCGAGAAGUUGCUGACCGUUUAAUUGGAAAAAUUGAGCCUCGUUGGACAUUAUUAGAUGCUAGAGGAUUUGUAAGAAGAUUUCUUCAAUUUAAUUAUGAUAGUGAUGAAAGAAACUACCUCUUUACCAAGGAAAUCGCAUAUCCUGCCUAUUGGGCAAUUUAUAAGAGUAUUGCUCCACAUUCACUUGUUUCUGGUCAUCAUGUAUUUCCAAAUCUACCGAAAGGUAUAAGUGUAUUCCUAAAUCGUAACGUUCAUCUUUGGGAAUUAUACUGGAAAUGUCGUAGAAAAAUGUUGCAACUGCGUGGUGGUAGUUUUUUUUCCCUCCCUGCAGAGGUAAAAGGACGAAAACCCUUUCUUCCUUGUACAGACGAAUGUGAAGUAAAUGAAUGGUUCCUCUGGCACACCUGCAGGGAUGAAGAAGAGACUUGGCAAGUUUGUAUUGAAGGAAUCUCUAGCGCAAGUGUUCAACUUUGUUUUACACCACCAUGGAUGCGAGAAGAAGAAAAAAAAUCUACCGGAAAAAAUGAGGGAAGUGGAAGUACUAUCUGGGGAGUGGUGUUUCGUGUUUCCCUUGGAACUGUUUUAGAAAGCGACGAAAAAACCAUGAGUGAAGAAGAUGGUGGGGCACAACGUUUUGCCUCUUCCUUGGCGUACGACCUGGAGCAUUCUGCGAAGCAGAAAUGUGUACUUGCAAAGGGCAACGUAACUGAUGUUAAUUCGUCCCCUGAUGUACUUGUCCCUUCACCUAAUGCACGAUGCUAUCCUGAAUUUAUGAUUGGUAUUCCGGUCUCGCAAGCUGUGGUUGCUUCAUCGCCUAUUUAG